CCCAAUCGGGCCCGGCGUCCCGCGACCCCCACGACCCCCCGCGACCUCCCGCGACCCCCCGGGGCUCCCCGCCGCCGCGAUGAAGAAAUUCUUCCAGGAGAUCAAGGCCGACAUCAAGUUCAAGAGCGCCGGGCCCGGACAGAAGCUCGCAGAAGACAAGGCUCCUAAAGAGAAGCCGAGCCAGCCAGUCCAUAAGCCGGCCCGACAGGGCCCCACAGAUGAAGCGCAGAUGGCGGCGGCCGCAGCACUGGCCCGACUGCAGCAGCAGCAGCCCAAAUCCCGGGGCCCCACGUCCCAGGACUCCAUUCGGAACCAGGUGAAAAAGGAACUUCGGGCUGAGGGGGCCAUUACUGGAAGUUUGGAGGCCCCGGGACCUAAUGUGGUGUCUGAACCCAAAGAAGGUCCGAGCCACCUGGCAGUGUCUGGGGUCUACUUCACGUGCCCGCUCACAGGGGCCACUCUGAAAAAGGACCAGCGGGAGGCCUGCAUCAGAGAGGCCAUCCUCUCGCAUUUCUCCACCGACCCCGUGGCCGCCUCCAUCAUGAAGAUCCACACGUUCAACAAGGACCGAGAGCGGGUGAAGCUGGGCGUGGAGACCAUCGCUAAGUACCUGGAUAACAUUCACCUGCACCCCGAGGAGGAGAAAUACCGCAAGAUCAAGCUGCAGAACAAAGUCUUCCAGGAGCGCAUUAACUGCCUGGAAGGGACCUGCGAGUUUUUCGAGGCCAUCGGCUUCCAGAAGGAGCUGCUGCCCGUCCCGGACCAGGACCCGCAGGAGUUCUACGUGCUGAGCGAGGAGGCGCAGCCGCAGAGCCUGGAGCGGCACAAGCAGCAGCUGCUCAACGCCGAGCCGGUGCGCGCGCUCCUGGCCCGCCAGCGCCGCCUCUUCCGACCGUCGCCGCUGGCCGCGCAGUUCCAGCUGCCCGGGGACUUCUUCAGCCUCACGGCCGAGGAGAUCAAGCGCGAGCAGAGGCUCAGGUCCGAGGCGGUGGAGCGGCUGAGCGUGCUGCGCACCAAGGCCAUGCGGGAAAAGGACGAGCAGCGGGACCUGCGCAAAUACACCUAUACGCUGCUGCGAGUGCGCUUCCCUGACGGCUGCUUGCUCCAGGGGACCUUCUAUGCCCGGGAGCGGGUGGCCACCCUGUUCAGCUUCGUGCGGGAGGUUCUGCAGAAUGACUGGCAGCCCUUCGACCUGCUGGCGUCAGGCGGGCAGAAGCUGUCGGAGGAGGAGAACUUGCCCUUCACCGAGUGCGGGCUGGUGCCCUCGGCCCUGCUGACUUUCUCCUGGGACGCGGCGGUGCUGGAGGACAUCAAGGCAGCAGGGGCACAGUCGGCCACAUCCAUCCUCAAGCCCGAUCUGCUCGAGGCCCUAGAGCAGCUGGUGUGAAUAAAGCAGGGAGCGGGGGGCCUCCCUUGCCUGGGUCUGUCCAUGAGCCCCUCUCCGUUCCUGCUGCACCCUAGAUCUCAGAGAACGGCCUUGGUAGGGCGCUGUGCCUAGCGUUGACCUGAACUUGGGGAGCCAGGAAUGGAGGGGCCUGGGCAGCACAGCUGGCCCUGAGGCUGCCCGCGGGGAAUACUGGUGACGAGAAUAGUUGAUAUUUAAGUAUCGGAAUAAAAG